UGUAAAAAUGUUUGUAAAAAUUAAAAUUAAAAUUUACGCAAUCCUAACCGAGUCAACAAAAUUGGUCCUACUUUAAUUAUAUAGUUUAUUUUUAAUCAAUUUAACAGCAAUAGUAACAAAAUGUCGAAACGUAAUAAAACCGCUCAGAAGGCCGCUCGUGCUCGGCUUCGCAAUGCCAUACGUACCGUGAUCUACAAUAGGAUGUGGCUAGCGGAUGCGGAAGAGCAAAAGUUUACCCUGAAUGUGAAGAAGAACAUCUCAAUGCUGAUAAGAACACAACAGAAAAUUGGACUUCUGACAAUGGCUGAUAAAAGCUUAAUUCGAACAAAUCACACCAUACGUACCGUUGAAGAGCGCAAAAGACUAGUCCAUUUGAUUGCUAAUUUAACAUGUUUUUCGAAACUUUCUCCGAAAGUUCGAUCACGUCUAGUUCCAGUCAUCUCGUUUCUAUACGUUGGACCAGGUCGUGAAAUUAUAAAAGAAGGUGAUCCACCAAGAUAUGUAUACUUCAUUUUAACUGGUGAAGUUGAAGUAAUGGAAAAAACCUGGAAUGCUUUUGAAAAUGAAUUUGUGGAGGAAAUUAUAUCAGUUAUAGGUCCCGGUGAUUGUAUCGGUGAUAUUGAGUUCAUUGAGCAAUGCCUGAGAAGAAACACCUAUACCACCAGAAACAACUGCGAACUUCUCGUUGUGUUUGAAGAUGAUUUCGAUCGAGUUCUACGGGUUGAAAUGACUAAAUUAUGGAUGGAAAAAAAAGCAGCUUUUGAUGCACUACCUUAUUUCAGCCACUUAAAUGCCAGUCAGUUACAGAGAGGCUGCAAAAUGGCACAGCUGCGUCAGUUCGAGCCACUCGAAACCAUUUAUUAUGAGGAUAAAGGACAUGUCAGUCCUGUUUAUUUUAUUGUAAGCGGUGAAUGCAUGAUAUUGCAGUGUCUAAAACUAAAGGUAACAGAAUUUAAUGAAAAGAAAUCCUAUGAAUUAGUAGAUAUAUCAGAUGAGAAGCAAGAAGGAUUAUUUCAAACAGACGAAGAAAGUUCUAAGAAACCAGAAACAAAAGAAGAUGACGAUUUUGAUAUUGAGACGGAAAUAAAAUCCAUAGAAGGUUUUUUACCUGAGCCUGUAAGGAAACUAAGUACUGUUGAUAAUCCUGAAGUGGUUGCACAGAAGAAACCUAAGCGAGUGAUAGAAAUAAAGAAUCUCCAAGAAAUUGAAAUGGACUGUCUAAGGUUAGACGCAGAUAGACCUUAUGAAGAAACGGAUGGACUAGGCGAAGAUGAAGACGAUGAGGAACAUGAAGCACCAAAAAAGAAACCAUCUAAGUUAAUUGAAAAGAAACCGGAGAUAAAUCAACAAUCACAACCGGAAAAUGAAGAGGUUACAACAGGAGAAGGCGAUGGAGAAGAAGAAGAAAUGAAAGAGAGCGCAGUUAGUGAAGAUGGCGUAAAAGAAGCAGAUGGUAAAGAUGUAGAUAAUAAAACUGAUGAUGCUACUGAAGGGGAUGGUGCAAACGUAAAAGUAGAUGAAAAUGAUAUGAAUGAGUUAUCAUAUGGACAAGCUUCACCGGAGGAUAUAGCAAAAAGUAAAGUUAAUUAUGAAGAAGAGUAUGAUGAUAGUAUAGGUACUGAAACGGAAUUGAAAAGUGAACUAACUGGUGAGAUGGAGGAAGUAGAGGAAGAAACCGAUGUAACAGUAGAAGAAAGUUUAGUAAAUAUUGAAGAAAAGUCUGAAAGUGAAAUUCUAAGUGAAUUGUUGGCUACCGCCGCAGCUAUGAAAACUCCUAAAAAAAAAAAGAAAAUUAUUAAAAAAAGCGGGAAAGAAAGUAAGGAAUUACAAAUCAGAUAUGAGAGUCGCUUUAUCGAUGUAGGCUCACUAUUAUUUGGAGGUAUUUUUGGUUUAGGUGAAAAGCUACAGCAUAGAGUUAUAAUGGCUCGUUCUACAGUACAAUGUUUAUUAGUUCCACGCUAUUGGCUAUUCGAACCAAAUCAAAAUCCUGGUAAUAUUUGGCAAAGACGACGUUUUUAUCUAAAUACUAGCAUUCCAUCAAGAGAAAAUUUGUUUAUUGACUUCUUAAGAGAAAAGGAGUGGCGAAAGUUUAAAAAUGAAGUCGUCAGUAGAGUUCUGGAAGAUGCUGUGUCUGGUAAUACAACCAAGGUACAAGAUAUUCCAAUUAUUUGUCGCAUCAUCGAAGAUAGCGGAGAUGAUUAAAUUCUGUUAUAAGUAAAACCACUUAUAUAUUUUUUUCAAAUUUUUUGUUUAGAAAUAAAUACUAAAACCACAA